CGGAGUGUGAUGCACUGGCGAGCAUCAUGUCGAUAGAAGACCCGUUUUUCGUGGUGAAGGGUGAGGUGCAAAAGGCUCUUGCCCGGGCACACACUCUUCAUGACCGAUGGGAGGAGCUUCUGCAGGAGGAGACUCAGGUGAGUCGGGAUGAGCUGGAAUGGAGCACCAAUGAGUUGAGAAACUGUCUGCGAGCCAUCGACUGGGACCUGGAGGACCUUAGCGAAACCAUCAGUAUUGUGGAGUCAAACCCUGGAAAGUUCCGACUCGGUGACGAUGAACUCCAGGAAAGGAGAGAGUUUGUGGAGCGAACAAGAAAGUGUGUGCUGGAUAUGAAGGAGCAGCUGUCCAGCCCCUCCACUGUGGCUCAGGCCGAGAGGAAGAACAGGCAGGCUCUUCUGACAUCGUCACGCCAGGAUCGCUCCACGGGACUGGAGGCUCAUUUGGUGUCGACGAACAACAGAUACAUCCAGGAGCAACAAGAACAACAGCAGCUGAUCAUGCGGGAGCAGGACGAUCAGCUGGAGCUGGUGUCCGGGAGCAUCCGAGUGCUCAAAGACAUGUCCGGGCGAAUCGGAGACGAGCUGGACGAACAGGCUAUCAUGUUGGGAGACUUUGGAGAUGAGAUGGACCAGACGUCGUCCCGCAUGGACUCUGUGCUGAAGAAGUUGGAGAAGGUGUCUCAUAUGACCAGCAGUCGGCGGCAGUGGUGCGCCAUCGGCAUUUUGGUCGCCAUCCUGAUUGUAGUCCUCAUUCUCUUCUUUGCCCUCUGAUGACCUCCGACCUUCAUCCCUCGCUCACUCCUGCCUGCACACAGGAAGUGGAGCCUUCUACUUCCUGCUGUUUCUACCUCUGCUGGACGGUACCAACACAGCGGGCCCUGCUCAACUGACCUGGUUCACGAACGUGUGGUUGACUUUGGUGUGUGAAGGUACAUCUCUCUUGUCAGGUGAAGUUUUAGAAGCCGGUUUUUGAUCAAGUCCACUUGGUGAAGAGAAAACUGAUUCAGAUUUUUUAAAGAUAAGUUUAUUUUAAAUGCCUGAUAGGUUUUAAUUUUCCCUUCAUGCAAUGUUACAUAUCAAAAUGGUUCUAAAGUAUUUUUUUUCUACUGUUCAACACUAAAUCUAUUAGCCUAAAAUGCAGAGCCUUUGUUGCUCACAUAAAUAAAAAAAACAUAAAUAGGGCUCCACAUUUGCACUGAGGUUUAAAUCGGAUGUAAAACAUAGAGAUACUUUCCGCUUCCUUUACUGUAGACUUCAAAUCUUCGCUCUUUAAGUGGCUUCUAAAUUUGUGUAACUCUAAAGAAGACGUUACUGUGUUGCCUUAAAUGUAUUUUUAUACUCCCAACGAAAAAGCGUUGCCUGCGUGCCAGUGAAGACGAUUACAUAACAAACGCACAUAACAGCUCGUCGCUUUUCCGACUCUUUCUUCUCAACACAAACAAGCCGAUGCAGGAAGCGGAUCUCAGAGCCAAUUUGACCUGCUCAGGUCUGUCGUGUCUCCAUCUAUAGCUUCAGUAAGGUGAAGCCAAGUCCGUACCACUCUCCAGACCUCCAUCCUCGCUCCUCCACUGUUGGGAUGAUGAGGAGACCUUGGCCCAGUGAAUGAGCCUCUAAUGAGCAGAAGCAGACUCAAGAGUUAGGCCUGCAGCGCCCCCCAGAGGCUGCUAUGGGUCUGGUUCGUUUUUUGCUCUACACCAUCCUGGAAGUUGCGACUGCAUGUAAAUGAGGACUGUACCAAAGCUUUAUACGAAGAGGAGAAUUGACAUUUCAUUCUGUUUUGGUAAGAAAUUUCUUUUUAAAAUGCCAUUUUAUUUCCAUAAACAAUGUCACCAUGUCAAGCCUUAGCAACACGUGCUCUGAAGAGAACUCCUGAGAGGGAUAAGUCUGAAAUGUUGUCAUUACUUUAGCUGAUCUCUGUCGAGUGCUGAAAGUGCCAAAGACCAAACGCCUGGUGGAAUUAAGAUUUAUUGUCAUGUUUUGUUUAGUUUUUUUAAACGCUGAAUAUCCUGAACAUCUUUGUGUGAAUUUGACUUUUGAGUAAUUCAAUAUCUGUUCAGAUUCCUGUCACCUGUUGUGUUGUAUAAUAAAGUCUUUUGAAUGAAUUUGUGCUGGUGUGUGAAUUUUAAAUGGCUAUCAUGGCAGACAUUUCUCCCUCUGAACCCAUGGAUCCCAAAUGUUUAUCUCUGUGCUUAUUUGCGCAGCUUCAGUUUCAAACCGUACGUGACCUGGGGUG